GUAAGGCUACAGAGGUGGCAUCCAAUGUCUAUGCGAUAAUGAAUUAUCUGGACUCCAUGGGAUUUUUAAUUAUUACGUUCAACUACAAUGUGACUCCAAUUGGAAAGAUUUGGCUGACGAUAAUGGUAUUGCUUCGUAUGGCGAUGGCAGUGUUUGCUGGAUACCCGCUCUACCAAGAUGAGCAGGAGAGGUUUGUCUGCAAUACUUUGCAGCCUGGUUGUGCCAACGUGUGCUACGAUAUCUUCUCUCCUGUUUCCUACAUGAGAUACUGGCUCAUUCAGACCGUGAUCGUCUUUUUACCUUAUGCCCUGUUCUGCGUCCACGUUUUAAACAAGGCUACAAAACACAUGACCGUCACAAAUGAUCACUACAGGAAAGAUGACCCCCCUUGUUAUCAUAGUGUAGGUCUGCAUAUGGAGAUUCCUGAUUUCUCCCUGGCCUACACCAUUCAUCUUCUUUUAAGAACUUUGAUUGAGGCCGGAUUCUGCGCCGGGCAGUAUUUUCUUUACGGAAUCUUAGUUCCAAAGCGGUUUAGUUGCUCCCAGUCCCCUUGUACAAGCAGUGUCGAUUGUUACAUCUCAAGACCGACGGAAAAAUCCUUAGUGAUGAUUUUUAUCUGGGCAACUAGUGCGGUAUCUCUUGUACUAGGCAUGAUAGAUCUAAUUCACGUAAUUCACCGAAAAAAAAAAUCCGAGACCUUUAGGAGAGAGCUGUUGUUACUGGAAAACGAUUCGAUGAAAGGUGGUUGUUGCUCCAACACGCCUCCAAAUGCAAAAUUAUCUGAAACGCCCGAGCAAAUGAUUUCGUAUUCCGAUUGUCCUUCCAACAACCUCAGUCGGAAAAUCAGUGUACACGCAAAAGGAGACUCUCAUUCUCUGCCGUCCUGCGAGGGAGAAACCGCUUCUUUUCAAACAGACAACUCCCAUCAAGAAAUGGGAAAGUCCAACAUGAACACCAACAGCAAUAAGGCAUGUCCUUGGCAGGUUAGCAUCACGCCACCUAGUGGCAGUGCAAACACAGGCGAGCAUCACACUAUCAUUCAAAGACAGCCACAUUGCAAAAAAGAACAUUCCAGUGAUCCCAAUCUGUUGAAUUCAUCUCAAUCUGAGAGUAACACAACUUCGAAACCCACAAAAUCAGAAUGGGUUUAAUGUACAUAGGUAGUGGAAGUAAUAUUUUUUUCCCAUCUAUAACGCCUUCAUAUGUUUCCUUCGCAACCAUUUCCCAACUAUAUCAACCUCCUGCCCUUGUUGCCCUCUCUAUCCCCAUAAACCAUUUGCCCCUCUGUCAACUACCUGACAUUUUUAAUUCUAAAACCUGUGAGUUUUUCACUACCCCUUUAUCUCCCUCCAGCUAUUUCCCCUCUCUCACCCAAAAAGUAACCUUUAUUCUUCUCAAUAGGAGGGUGUAGAUUUGGGGGAACAGGGUAAAGAGGUUGGGGUAUUUUGAUUAUGCAUUGAACCAGUCAUACCAGCAAUGUCUCUAUCCUUCCUUUAUAUGUUAUAUUAAUACUUAUGUGUUUGCACGAUUAAUGUGUUGCUAUGUGAUUUUAACAUUGUAAUCAGUUGACCUGUAGAAUACCUAGCUUUUCUUAUUUUAACAAGUGUUUAAAAAUGACAGGUAGAAAACAUUUAUAUUUUUCGUAGAGAUGCGUAUGAUUCAUUCGUAUUUUAAAGAUGACUUAUUUUGUAGAUGACAAAUGUCCAAGAGAUCUAGUAGUCAAUUCACUGAACUCAAUCAAUCCAAGGGGUGAAAUUCAGACAAUUAUCCUCUUAAGUCGUCAGAAUUCAGCCAUAAUAAGCCA